CGCCCAUCUGGUGCGCUUUCAGUUUGGUAGAGAACUGUCGAAUAUAGCGCAACUGCGUGAUUAUAACCAUAUCCAUGUAGUUGAUUAUAUUUGAAUAAUCGCUAUAUAUUGAACACAGACGACCAUCAUAUGCGGCGGAUAUGUAGAUGGCAUAUUAAUUAUAGUUAGAAUAUUACCUAACAUGAAAAUAGGCUAAUGAUAAACGUCAUGGUUCAUGUUUUACCUUUUUACACUAAGGAUAACAUAAACCUAAUUGGGUAUGCCUCUGGAUGUUGUCCCUUUAUCUUUAAAAUGUAUUAUAACUUUUUUUUGAAGUGCGCCAUUUAGUUUGAAGCUUUAUAGCGUGCCUAGGAACAGGCACAGGAAAUAGUUGCGCUCUUCUCACUGAGUUGGCAUAUUGCUCGUAAUAGGGAAGUACCUACCCUACGAUUUUUAACCGUGGAAGUUGCACCAUAUUUUACAGUUGGAGCUCGGUUCGCAUUGCAUCGAAAAGGUCCGUGAAAAAGCAGGGGAUCGACCCAGGAGCGUCUUACAUUACAGGUUGGACACUAUGGAUAAAUAGUGGCCCAUACUGAUGUAUUAAUUAACUUACAAUUUGACAGACGUGACCCUAUUUCUGGAAACGUUUUGAGGAAAGCUGAUUCAACUUUCGGUGGAAGAGUUCCUACCGUAACCAUGGCGCAGUGGGGCCUGAUGAGCAAGCUGUUACGAUCCAUACCCACCGAGAGCAUCGAUGAACUUUACCCUCCAAAUACCUUCCCCAUCUACGUCCGAUAUCUGUUGGCAGAUUGGAUUGAGACGCAACCAUGGGAGGAUUUUGAGCUGGAAAAAGUGGACCAGCAAUUGCAGGCGCAGACCCUACUGAACCAGAUCAUCAUGUACCUGAGGUCAAAGGCGGAGCAGGAGACCAACGUGGUGGAGAAGAUCAGGCUGAUGCGCACAAGCAGCAACAUGGAAAUGUAUCGAGCACAGUCCCUGAACUUCGGAGUGAUGGUCCGAGACAUGCUCAGGAAGGAAAGGCACCUCAUCAACAACCCUCCCCAGCAGGUAGAAAUUCUUUCAAUUAUGCCGCCGUCUCCAAGCCAAGAACCGGCCCCAGAGGCCCCAAAAACGAGCGAUGUGGACAGACUGGUGUACCAAGUUCUGUACGUCCAAGACUGCAGACAGUCUAUCCACCAGCAGCAGGAGGACCUGAACUGGGACAAACAGAACCUUGAGACCAUAGGGCCUUCCAUACAGAAUGGAAUGGAUCCACAAAACACAGAACUCCAAAAACUCCAAAACAAGAUUCAAAAGCAGGAGCAUAACUUAAAAAGCCUGAGAACAAACCGGUUAGGGCAGCUGAAGAACGCAGUGGAGUCCCUGGGGCACUGCCAGGCCCGCCUCAUCAGCCAGCUGAAGACCUGGAGUUGGGAGCAGCACAAGGCCACCAUAGGGCACCCGUUUGACGACAACCUGGGACCAUUGCAGACCUGGUGUGAGCAACUGCUUGGUUUGAAUGGGAAGCUGAGGCAAGAAUGGAUGUUGGCAGGGAAUCCAAUCCCAGAGUUGCAGGACAUGCUGGUCACACUUCAACAGGAGCUCAUUAAAAGCUCUCUGCUGGUGGACAAGCAGCCUCCUCAGGUCAUCAAGACGCAGUCCAAGUUCUCCACCGUUGUGCGCUACCUGCUGGGGGAGAAGAUGGCUCCAGGGAAGCCGGUGGUGCUGAAGGCCCAGAUCAUCACAGAGGCCCAGGCCAGGCACCUGAAGCAACUCGGUACCCUCACUAGUGACAAUGUUGGAGAGCUGAUCAACAAUACGGCCAUUUUGGAGCACCACCCCACUAGCAAGAGCACAUGCGCCACCUUCAGGAACAUGUCUGUUAAGAAGAUCAAGAGGGCAGACCGGAAGGGAACAGAGUCUGUGACUGAGGAGAAAUUUGCCAUCCUCUUCUCCACAGAUAUCAACAUUACUGGUUGUGACACUCCCUACAGGAUACAGAUAAUCUCAGUGCCGGUGGUUGUCAUUGUUCAUGGCAGUCAAGAAAUCAACGCCAUGGCCACCGUUAUCUGGGACUGUGCCUUUUCCGAACCAGACAGGAUACCGUUUGUGGUGCCGGACGGCGUGCCCUGGAAGCUAAUGUGUAUGACCCUCAACAGUAAAUUCAUGUCUGAGGUGCAGACGCAGCACUGCCUCAACCAGUACAAUCUGCACUUCCUGGCCCAGAAGAUAUUUGAUCAGCCAGACAUCUCUGGAGACUUCAGUAAAAUGAUGGUGUCCUGGGCACAGUUUAAUAAGGAGAUGCUCCCAAGUCGGCAGUUCACCUUCUGGCAGUGGUUCGAGGGAGCCAUGGAACUGACCAAAAGGCACCUCAAGGCCUACUGGAGCGAAGGGGUAAUCUUUGGCUUCAUCGGCAAGCAGCAUCUCCACCUGAUCCUGAAGGACAGGCCCAACGGGACCUUCCUGCUCCGCUUCAGCGACUCGGAGAUCGGCGGUAUCACCAUCGCCUACGUGGCGGCCAGUGAAAACGGGGGACAGAAGAUCCAGAACAUUCAGCCCUUCUCCAAGAGAGACCUGGAGAUCCGUUGCCUCGGCAACCGCAUCAUCGACAUCGAAAGCCUAGCGUUUCUGUACCCUGAUUAUCCCAAACACGGGAUAUUCGAAAAGUACUACACAGACGACCCGUUGCCGUCUCGAGAGGGAGGCUACAUCGGCGUGAGGCUCCAAACCAAAGUGGACGCACAACCGUUCCCGGGGAAUUCAUUUGGAGCUGACUCUACAGGCGGAGCAGCAGGGUUCAGCUUCAUUGACCCCAUUGGAAUCUACCCUCCAGAAAUGCCUCCGCCUACGAAUAUGGAUGUGGAUUAUGAUUUUAUUGAAAAGUUAAUACAGGAAUAGGGCAGUAGGAGAUAUGUCUUCAAUGGAAACACUCUGUAUGACGGUGUGGAUGCGAUAGUGUUAUAUUGAUGUACUUCCACCGCUUUGGCCAUCACUUACUAACAGGUACAACUGAAGAUGAUACAUUCACAUACAGUGUGAAACUGGUUGUGGAUAAGGUAGUAGUUGAGGAUCUGAUAAUAUGAUAUAGUGAAUGAAAUCACUGCAUUAACAGAACUUUACUUUCCAGGUCAUAUGAUAAUGAGGUAUUUUUAUAAAUUGGCAGUUUGUUUAACUGCCUAUAUGUCCAUCUUUUGUAUAAAUAAGGUAUAAGGUAUAAACUACUGUAUACAUUGCUAUGCUUAUAAACUAUGCACAUAUUUAGCAGUUGUUAUUGGAACACAUAAAUUAAAACAUGUUUUCUCUGGAUUGGCAAAGACUUCCUUAUCUUAUGAACAUUGCAGGUUUAUGUUGUACUUGUACAUUUCUUGAGUUCAUUUUUAAUGAAUCAAGUAGCAAUAUUUUCAUCUAAAGAAGCGGGAAAAGCCAAUGAUACACUUUGCAAUUUGUUAUAUUAUGUUUUGUAUCCAUUUAAGAGGAUUCGUUUUGGGUUCAUACAGUUCACUUAAAAUAUUGUUGUAAAUAUGUUUUAUCAACAGAUUUUUUUCACUUCAGGCAAGCUUUUCUUCACAUAUCUUAUGUGGCUACACUGAGAAUUAAGCUUGGUUUUAACUGUAACUUAAGCCGUAAAAUUAUACAAAUUGAAAUGUAUAAAGGACAUUUUACUUUUUAGAGCAGCAGAUAUAUUGCAAUUCUAGAGAUAAACUAAGAUACAUAUUUCACAACCGAUCACGACCGUACAUUGAUCCUGACUUAUUAACCUUGGUUACCUUUAAUUUGAACAUAGUACAGUUGAAUUUCUAUGUUUUGUCAAGCUCAGAUAAAUUAUAUUCAUAGUUGAGGAGUUAGAAUCUCCUCACUCCUUUACCCCAUUCAAUCAUACACGUUCCUUUUGUAUGCUUACUCAAUGCUCUCCUUUGAUAUAUCAUUUUUUUAAUUUUAUUUUUUUUAUGAUAUGUAUAAUUAUGAAUAUUUCAGUAAUAUUUUAUACAUUUUUAAAAUAAAACUUUCUUAACUAUCAAAACCAUGGUUGGCUGAUUAAACUAUUUCAGGGAAACAGGCAAUGCCGGCAACUGAUGGCCAUUUCUAAGAAGGUAAAUAUUUUAAAAGGGCUACCAGCAUAACUGUGAGAACUUGAUGGUUUAAAGUAUAAAAAGUACAAGAAAAUAUUGUAGCCAGAGAUUUUGGAUAUUUUACAUAAGAAUAAUGAAUCCAUGGCAGUCUUGUUAGAAAGGUGUGCUCUAAAGCAAAUUGACUAUCCAUUGAACCAAGGCAGAUUGUAUUUCACAUAUCAGUGAAUCACAUUGGCAUAUCUUCCAUAAUCCAUCAUCCAAAGAGGAGACACUGUAUAACUUGAAUACUAUAUGGUUGAUCCAUCGCCUUUUCAUAAUCAAGGUAAAUCUUAAAAAAAAAGAAAACUUUACACUGUACAUCACAAAGCCUUUCCAUUAGAAAAACAAUUUGAAGGUCAACAAAAGUCGCUAAAAUUAAAACUAAAGCUGGAAAAAUCAAACUAAAAGCUAAAGAAAAGAAAGCGGAAAGAGAUAAAAGCUUACACGUCUGGUUUGGUAAUUGCUUUGUUGAAUGGCAACUGCUGUCCCAGUGUCAACUUCCUCUUUCCCAAAAUGAUACUCCUAGCAGCAUUAUAUGUCCCUUCAAAAGAACAGAACAAAAUGGCCAUCAUGUAAACAAAGGAAGCAAGGGUAAAUAUGGAGGGGAUGCAAAGCCAAUGUGAAGCUUCACCUUCAAGUUUCAUUCACUCUCGUCUUUAAAAAUACAGGCACGCAUUUCCAGUAGAAACCAAAGAUGUUUGUUGAUCUCAAGGUGACCCCUGUUAAUUAGAGUGGGGUUCAUUCAAUCUUCUUCAAAUGUAAACCAAUAGAAGCCACUGGAAGAAGUCACAGCACUCUUAUUUUAACCACAUGAACUGAAAUAACUAAAAAUAACUCUUUAUGUCGUCAAAAAGAAACACAAUCCAGUAGUAAAGCUAAUUCCACAUUAAAGUGUGUUGAAUUUCUUUGUUUUCUUCCAUGGCAUACAAGCAAAAGGAAAGGCAAACCAACUGUCACACACCUGUACAUGGAUCUAUACCAAUGAUCUAAUUGCUAAAAAAGGACAUCAUCACAAAUGCUGCAUAAAUCAUACUGAUUUGGAACAAAAUCACUGAAAUCCAUAUAAUAAAAAAGACGUCAGGUAGCCAAAUAAUUCUGCAGUUAUUGUGUAAACAUUUGAAAAGGUAUUAAAGAUUAAGCUCAGAAACGACCAGAUGGUUGACUGAUUUGUGUGUUUAUUUUCAUAUAAAUGUGUGUGCGUGCCCAGAAGUUGCAUUAUUUAUGUAAUUAUGGGAAUUGGAUUAAAAGGCUUAACAUCAUCCUAUCUAAAGAAAAGAUCCUCAAAAAUACUGGAUGUUGCGCUGGUUAAACUAUUAAGUUAGCGGGAGGCAAGGCUGCAUAUUCUCUCAAAUAAACUUGCGCG